GACACUUGAAUAUUCAGUUGUGGAUUAUUUGCAGUGCGAUUAUUUACAGUGAGUUGGUGAAAAGUGCAAUAAUGUGGAUUUUAAAGGUUGGUGCCGUGCUGUUUCUGGCAGCGCUGGCUACGGCCAACAAUGCCACCAGUGGGCCCAAGAUCCUGUGCUACUACGAUGGCCAAAUGGCUCUGCGUGAAGGUCUGGGUAAAAUAACGAUCACGGACAUUGAGCUGGCAUUGCCGUUCUGUACUCAUCUUGUGUACGGAUUUGCCGGUAUCAAUCCGGAUAGCUUCAAAUUGCGAGCUGUGGAUGAAAGCCUCGAUUUGGACUCGGGUAAAGGUCAGUACCGGUUGGCCACCUCUUUGAAGCGUCGGUAUCCAAAUUUGAAGGUUUUGCUCAGCGUCGGUGGCUACAAAGAUCUUUCUGAGGAGAAGCCCUAUGAAAAGUAUCUGACGAUGUUGGAGUCUGGCGGAAGACGAACGGCGUUCGUCAACUCGGUUUACUCGACCCUGAAGACGUACGACUUUGAUGGACUGGAUUUGGCAUGGCAGUUCCCACAGUCCAAACCAAAGCGGAUGCGUGGUUGGACCGGAAAGUUAUGGCAUGGAUUCAAGAAGCUCUUUUCUGGUGACAGUGUGCUGGACCCGAAGGCAGAAGAACACCGUGAGGAGUUUACGGCAAUCGUGCGAGAUUUGAAGAAUGCUUUUAUUCACGACAACUUUUUGCUUGGGCUGACGGUGCUGCCACAUGUGAAUGAGAGCAUCUUCAUGGAUGUACCACUGUUGAAGGACAACUUGGACUAUGUACAUUUGGCUUCGUUCGAUCAGCAGACGCCAGAGCGGAAUCCCAAGGAGGCGGACUUUACGGCUCCGAUCUACGAGCCCACGGAACGUAUUGAGGGAAACAAUGUCGAUGCGGAAGUGAGCUACUGGUUGAAAGAGGGAACACCACCAAGCAAAAUCGUCAUCGGCAUCCCAUCCUACGGACGUGGCUGGAAACUGGUGGAAAAAUCCGGAAUCACUGGAGUUCCUCCGAUCCCGUCCGAUGGACCGUCUGCUCCGGGCCCGCACUCUGAAAUCCCUGGAUUCUACAGCUGGGCCGAGGUAUGCGCCAAACUACCCAACCCAGGCAACGCAAACCUGCAGGGAGGUGAUCUACCUCUACGUAAGAUUGGUGAUCCGACGCGUCGUUUCGGGGCAUAUGCCUUCCGCAUUCCGGACGAGAACGAAGAGCAUGGAAUCUGGCUUUCGUAUGAGGACCCGGACACGGCCGGUAACAAAGCCGGCUACGUCAAGGCCAAGGGUUUGGGUGGAAUUUCCAUCUUCGAUCUGGGUAACGACGACGUCCGGGGCACCUGUGCCGGAGAUAAAUUCCCCAUCUUGAGAGCUGCCAAGUAUAGACUGUAGACAAACCGUACCAAUUGUUUCCAAGAGUAUCAAUUUAAUAUCCUAUGACAUGUAACAAAAAAACGACCUACGUACAUAAGUAUAGCUUUAUAGUGGAUACAUUCGUUUCGCGUUUUUCAAUUUCUUUCCGCUUCCUUGUGAAUUGUAACGUUCAUUCUUUGAUUAAAUAUGCAUCAAUCUCAA